ACAAUAAUCAAUAAGUAAAAUUUCUUGUACACGAUUAGGAAGCAGUUUUUUUUUCAUGAUGUGUAGCAACUGAUGUUAUCUUAAAUAGAAGUAAAUAAAUCUCAAUGGUUCUCUGGGAUGUUGCAUUAUGUGAUUAGAAUGAUUUUCAUAUGCUGUCUUUGUAAAGUUUUGCCUCUCCAGAGGUUAUCAGUAUAUGGUAUAUGAUGUCACAGCAUUGUCAAGAUUACAGUUGUAUAGAAAGGGACACUGUGUAGUUUGGGCGAGUACAUGGAAGAAAAACCAUAAUCUUCAUCCUCAACACAGUGAGAUACAGAAAUCUCAAAUAAGAUUCCGUUUCUGUGGAGAUCUGGACUGUCCUGACUGGAUUCUUGCUGAGAUAAACACAAUUGCUCGCAUGACAUCUGUGAAAAUGAAGCUCAUAUGUCAACAGGUAGCAAAAUCUCUGCUGGGAGAACACAUGGAUUUUGAGCGGGUUAAGAAGCUCACAGCAGAUGCAAAAUUUGAGUCUGGUGAGGUUAAGGCAAGUGUGGCAGCACUGCUGUUUGUGUUGGCAACCUCUGCUCGUCAUGGUGUAGAUGCAGAGACACUGAGCAGUGAGUUACAGCAGCUGGGGCUGCCGAGGGAACAUGCGAUGGCACUCUGCCGAGUGUAUAGCGAGAACCUUACUGCAAUCUCCAGUCGAUUGCAGGAUCAGAGCCUGAGGUUGAGCCGUCUGCAGGAUGUGCAGUGGCGGUUGGACAUGGUAGUUGUGAACAGAAAUCUAAUGGCAGGGGAACUGCGGCUGGUGCUUCAGGUAAUGGAGCCAGCGUCUGGAGCACAGUGCACCCACAGCUUCAAUGUCACUGCACAACAGUUGCACCUCCUGUUGGCAGACUUGAAGCGGGCGGCCAGUCUGAUGGAGCCAUUAUAAUCAUGUGCACUAUCAUCUGUGUUUAUGUGUGCGUGCACAUAUAUGUUUGGUGGGGUUGGAAUUGAGCAUGUGAAAAGUGAAACUUGAACAUUGUGACAUGCUUUAGGUUCCAAAAGAACUCUGGAAAUAUCUGGAAUGGCUGAGCGACUGUUAGCUUCUCAAGAGACCCUCCUGCAUAGAGUUCACUGCUUGUCUUAUAUGUUGACUGUAAACAUUGGAACUGGGAAAUUCUGACUGACUUACUUGCUAAUGGGAAAAAAAAAGUUUCCCUAGAACUCCCUCAUAAAUGCACAAGAUUAUAUUUGGCUUAUCCUGACAGCUAAAUCAGUAAAGUGAUAGACCAUGUGAAGGACAUUUGGGUGUUUGAUACCCAGAAAGGGAAGGAUUCUUUUUUUUUUUUUUUUUCUGGAAUGUUGAGGGGUUCAAAGCUAGUGGGUACUGCAGGCACUUUACACAGGGUUAAAAUGGCCAGAGCAUGAAGCUGGGAAGUUAUCUUCAUUUGGCUGUGAGGUCUACAGUGCAUGAAGUUUUAACUUUCUAACCACAUAUGAAUCCAUAGAAUGCUAUUUAGACAUGGGCAGCUUUAACUUUAACCUGCAAUUAAAUACAAAUGCACUGUGCUUAUGAGAAACAAAUUUUGUGGAAGUGUUUAAGAAGAAAGCUGCAACAAACGGUGCUAGUUUUAAAUGACAAAAUAUUAUAUAUGUAUGGGGGUCUGGUGUGUCAGUGUGUGACACUGGUUUCUCUUUCAGAAGGUUCUGCAUUGAGUCGCCAGUCAAAAUGUUUGCAGGUUUUUUCUUCAUGGAUUCAAACUGCAAAUUGCCUCAACUGAAAACACUUCUGGAAUGUGAGCGAUACCAGCUCUGGCCCAUGUUCACCUGUAGGACUCCUCUGCUUACCAUGGUUCUUGUGGUUACACUCUCAUCAAGGAUCAUACAGUGGAUGUCUCCAGCUCAGAAAUGGAUUGUAUGCCCUUGUCUGCAUGGGCAGAGGCCACAAACUUUGACUAGACCAUAUGUGGAGACACUAGAAACCAACAAUAUAUGUGUAUAUCUAUUUGUUCACCAGUUGCCAAUUUUGACUUGAUGUACAAAGAUUGGGUCACUGAAUUUUCCAGAUGUGUCUACUUAUAACUCAUAUCAUUCAGUUUCAAUGACUUGUAUUUCAUAAAGUACAGGUCCGUGUAAUAUUGACUUGUAUGUUGUGUACUGAUGAAAAAUAUAUUUACUUUGUUAUGUUUA